AUGUCGUCCACUGCAAAACCCUUGGCUGUAUGUAUUCCAUUGCAGGUCGACGCCUUUGUGCUCAACGAGCCCGUAUGCGCCGGCGAGUACGCCCGGAUUGCACCUUUUUCAUUGCCUGAGUAUGGUGCCCUCGGGCCUGGUGCACGCCUAGAGCACGAUGUGAUCCCGCAUCUUGACCUGCACGCUGCCGCACCCGCCAGCAUCAACUCUCGCCUCGCCGAUCUGGCCUCAGGGACGCCGCGCCGCGACCGACUAGGUGUUUACCUACAUUGGACAGUACCCAGGCCCUUCCGUGCCAGUGUUACUUCGUCAAUCCCGGGCACUGAUCAGCAUAAUGGCAAGCGCGAGCAGCGCGGUGUGCCAGAAGGAUCCGAUGUGAGCCCCCCCUCCCCAGAUGGAGUAUCUUGA